GGUGGGAGGGGAUCGACCUGACAACCCCGGCGACGCGACGCGACGCGGGAUCCUUUUGUGCCUCCCGAAGUGUGUGUGUGUGUGUGCGUGUGUGUGCGUGCGAAGUUGCGCGCACUUUGUGGACAUACUACAUAUGUGCACACAUACGGCCACUCGGUUACCUCACCGCACGUCGAAAAUGUGCGCGUGGCGGAAGGCGGACAUUCGGGCCAUUCGGGGAUUCUGAAAAGCUAAGCUAAGCUCGCCUCCGACUGGCUCCGGGUGAGCCGACGUCACGUGCGGUCGACACGUGCGACCACCGCCGCCGCCGCCGCGUCGCGUAUAUCCAAAUCGACGCCGAGUCGAGAUCGCCACGCUGACAUGGACACCGGAGCGCCGUUCCUCGUGCUCGCGAGCUUUCUCGCCGCCAGCUGCUCCGGCGCCGGCGACCUCGACCUGGGCACGAUCGUCUUUGCAAAUAUUUUAUACAGGCACGGAGACAGGACUCCUAUUGCGCCUUACAAAAACGAUCCUUACAGAAACGAGUCGUUAUGGCCGGUUCCAUUUGGACAGCUAACAAGCAUUGGGAAGCACCAACAUCUACUUCUUGGACGCUGGCUGAGGAAACGAUAUGCCAAUAUUUUAAGCGACCUUUACACGCCGUAUGAAAUCUACGUUCGAAGUACAGACGUGGAUCGCACUCUGAUGUCGGCCGAGGCGAAUCUCGCGGGUCUCUACCCGCCGGUCCAGACCCAAGUGUGGGACGACAAGAUCCGAUGGAUGCCGAUCCCUGUGCACACCACUCCUGGAGAACAGGACCACGUGUUGUUGGCGAACAAGUAUUGUCCGCGAUACCAAUACGAGCUGGAGAAGCUCUUAACGUCGCCGGAAAUGGAGGGCAUAAGAAAAGCGAACGCGAAGCUCUUUGCCUAUUUAACCGAGCACUCCGGGGACGAUGUAUCUUCGUUUAAAGAAGUUGAACACCUAUACGAUAAUUUACAUAUCGAGACGUUGUACAACAAAACUCUACCGCAGUGGACGAAGUCAGUGUAUCCAGAGAAACUGAAACCUCUCGCUGUACUUAGUUUCAUGACCGGGGCCUACAACGAGAUACUUAAAAAAUUAAAAUCAGGUCCAUUGCUUAAACAAAUGAUAGAUCACAUGGCCCUGAAAGCGCAACGUACCUUGCGACCUGACCGAAAGCUAUGGAUAUAUAGCGCUCACGAUCAGACCAUAGGGAAUUUGCUUAUGACUUUGGACUUGUACGAGCCUCACACUCCACCUUACGCUGCUACGGUUCUCAUCGAAUUAAGGACAAACUCGGAAAAUCAGUAUUUUGUAACGAUUUCUUAUAAGAAUACCACUGAGGAACCGUUACUUAUGACGUUACCGGGUUGCGCUCCUAUGUGCCCUUUAAAUGAUUUUAUUAAUUUAACGAAAAACGUUGUACCUGAGGACUGGGAAAGAGAAUGUUUGAUAGAUCGAAAUGAAAUAAGUUCUAGCGAUGUCAUUGCGAUCCUGACAUCGUCCAUAUUAAUGCUAAUUUUAUUGGUCCUAAUAAUAAUCGGCUUUAUGUACUGGCGUCAUAAAAGAGAACACAGACAGUAUUAUUAUCGUUUAGCAUACAAUGGCUAUAAUGAUGCCAUAUAACGGGUAUUUGGCAAAAACAAUUGGUAUGGCGAAGUAUUAAAAAAGGUAUAGGUAGGUUAAAUCAUUGACUAUUAACGUGAUGAAAUUAGAAAGAGAGAGCAAGGCAUUUUUUUUACAAUCUUACAAUUUGGAACAAAAUGUUCGAUAUAUACAUAUAUAUUUGACAGCUAAAUUAUUAAAUCAUUUUUAAUUUUUUUAAUUGUACAUUUUAUUUGGAGGAAGCUAUUUUAUAAAAAAUGACAUAAUUUGAUCAUUUCUUCUUUCACUUAUCGUGAGGAUACUUUUACUACUGUUGUAAACAGGAGCCAUAUUUUCUUGUUAGUAAUCAUACAUUAUUUGAUGUAAUUUAUUAUAUAUAAUUUAUUACAUCGAUAUUAUGAUGACUAUUAUUACCUAUAUUAUAGGCCUAGACUUUUACUCAUUUUUAUGAAAUAUUUUUAUCUGUGUCUAAGUCUCGGCAUUCCUUCAGAAAGUUUGGUUUGCUCAUUCUUACGAUAAUAACUUAUUUGAAACUGAGCAAGAUCAAAGUCCGACCAUCGUGAUAAUAAUGUUUUAUAUAUCGAUAUAUUUUAAGAAAUUGUAAACUCUCGAAUAGACAAAUAUGGAUAUCGGGAAAUUUUAGAAAAUUAUUUUAUUUUAUCGAAAGCGACAAGUAAUCAGGUACUUUUAUAAAACAUGCGUAUUGCUAUUUGUAAUAACGCCUUAUAUCAAACUUGAAAAUGCAUAUAUAUAUUUAUAAUGAAUGUUCAACGUGAUUAAUCUCUGGUAUAUUACGAAGUACUAUACAAUGGACAAAUUUUGCAACAGAGACUUGUAAGAGACAGAACUUCUAUUUCAUAGAAUAGCUGCACAACUAUUGUUACGGUUAAUUGUCUGAUUCAUGUGAUAUCGCAGUGAUUGUCUAGUCUACUAUGUAUCCGAGCUUGAAUCUUUUUCGCGAGCUUCUUCAUACAAUGACGUAACAACUUUCAAAAGAGAAACAGCUAAUGCAGAACACUGCCCGUAAACAAAUUUUUAUUUACAGAAAUUCGGUCAUUUCAGUGAUCGUACAAGGCGUGGUAGCAAUGAUUGUAACGCAGUAUAUUUGUAAAGAGAUACAUCUUUUUCUAAUUUUUAUAUGUGCGUAAUGUUUAAUUGGAAAUUCCGAUUUUGCGAAUUUUGCGAUUGUACACCUGCGGGCUAUAAGUGAAAAAUGUGUGAAACAUGUUCCUGUUUUAAAAUCGACCAUACAACUUAGUUUUGUCGAUUAAGUGCGUGUCUCAACUUAUUUUAGAGUACUUAUAAAUAAGAAAUGUAAUGCGCAUAUUUCAUUAAGAAUAUUUUUGUGAUACUUCAAGCAGUAGUGUGAUAUGUAAUCGGCGAAAAAACUGUCAUUGCAUUUGCUGCUUUUUGCAAAAGAAAUUGCGGAUAUUACUUAUUUUGUAUGCAAAUUAAUAAAAAUUAAUUCAUACGAAA